AGUUGGUUCGGUUCGUCAGCUGCUAUAGGCCACUCAGAUUACAACACAAUGAAUGGAAAGUGUUUGUGGUGCACACACAAAGUAGCUGCCCAGUUCGGUUCAGUUAAGUCGUUGCGGUUGAACGAGCAAGACGUUCAGCGACAAAGUCCGGUCUAGCAGGCCUGGAGCAGAUGAGAUGUCAAUAGCUUGUCUGCGCACUGAUUAACGGAUUUGUGGAAGGCAGAAACUCGCUCCGGCGUUCAAGUUCAAGUUCAGCAUCCAAGAUGGCCACGACGUCGACGGAAGACGAGCGAUCACUGCGUGAGGAUCGCGAAGCCCCUCGCGAUCGUGGAUUGUGGCGAGAUCUAGUAGCCUACUGGAUUUUAGGUCUUUGUAACAACUAUGGUUACGUGGUCAUGCUAACGGCCGCGCAUGACAUUCUGAAGGAGCUCGGAGGCGGGGACCAUGGCGACGACGGCAAGUCGAUGAUGAUGCUGGAUCCGUUGGCGGGAAAUUCCACCCUUCUGCGAAGCGGGGACCCGGCUGCGUUCGCAUACGAGAAGCGACCCUGCAACAAACUGUCCACCGGAGCGAUUCUGCUGGCGGACAUUUUGCCGGCACUUAGCAUCAAGCUGGUCGCGUCGUUCCUGCCGCUGUGGAAACACGUUCGAGUUGCGGGUUGUGUUUCGCUGGCCGCGGCCGGUUUCCUGCUGGUGGCUUUCGCCACCUCCGACUGGGUUCUGUUCCUGGGUGUCAUCUGCACGUCUUUCAGUUCCGGAUUGGGCGAAGCCACGUUCCUGGCGUACGCUAGCUACUUCAACAAAAACGUCAUCUCCACGUGGUCUUCGGGAACGGGUGGCGCCGGAGUGAUUGGAUCUUUGUCCUAUACUGGGCUGACCGCAGCUGGACUGUCUCCGAAGGCAACGAUGCUGGUCAUGCUGGUUGUACCCGCGUUGGAAGCUUGCUCGUUUUGGGUUCUGCUACGUCACAAAGACACCAGUAAAGAUGCGCUGGAGGAGACCGCUGACAGUGCUAAGCAAGCUAUCGACUACAGUACCCUGCCGGAAGAUGAACGACCGCUGGAGAAUUGGCGCCAGAAGCUGGGCUACAUCCCGUCGCUGUUUAUCUUCAUGAUUCCGUUGAUUUUGGUGUACCUCUUCGAGUACUUCAUCAACCAGGGAAUGUUUGAGCUCGUCUACUUCCCGGGCAUUUCGCUGUCCCAGUCGGAGCAGUACCGCUGGUACCAGGUCCUCUACCAGGUCGGAGUGUUCAUCUCGCGAUCCUCCGUCAACAUCGUCCACUUCCGGCACGUCUGGGUUAUGGCCCUGCUGCAGUUCAUCAACAUGGUCUUCUUCAUCUUCGAGGCGAUCUACAUGUUCACCCCCUCGAUUUGGAUCAUCUUCGUGCUGAUCCUGUGGGAAGGUCUGCUGGGCGGUGGCGGUUACGUCAACACGUUCUACCGGAUGCAGAUCGAGGUGCCGGAAGCGCGGCGCGAGUACGCCAUGAUGAUCACGUCGAUUUCGGACUCGGUCGGAAUUGCGCUCGCCGGUAUCGCAUCGAUUCCGUCGCACAACGCCAUCUGUGAUUUGCCGGUUCCAGCGCGGUUACAGUGAGGUUAGGUUAUUGUUGUUUUAAUUUACUAGGCGAUUUCAUCGCACAAAUUUUAAUAAAAAC